GAUGUAAAGAGCAAUAAGGUUUGGUUGCAGUACCAUUAAUAAAUUAGAAACUGAAUUGAACAAAAUUGAAAAAGUCUCUUUCAAAGAAAGAUAUCUAUCAUUUUAAAGAGAAUGGAAUGAAUUCAAAAAUAGAGCAAAAGAGAUGUAUUAAUUUGCAUUUAUCAAUUUUGUCUUUAGGCCUCCAAGAGUUUUCAAUGAUAAAUUAGAUGCCAAUCAAUAGAAAAAGAUCAAUUUAUUAGCAAAACAUAUAGAUUACUUAAGUGAGAAUGAAUUUCAAUAUCUGAAUUACAUUUUAUAGAAAUAAGUUCUCAAUAAGCCUGAUUAUGCAGAGUUUUCAUUAGGUAUUUCUAAAGAAGAUACUCAAGUUGGUAAUUUAAUAAAUUGAAUUACAGGUCCUGGAGUCUGGCCAACAGCUCAUCCUCAAUGGUUAUAAUAAUAAGAAAUCAUAGCCAAAUUAUGGCCUUUAGGAUAAUAAGGAAUAGCAACCUUAUUCUCUGAAAUUGUUGGAUUUGGAGGUGGAGUAGGAACAGGAGGAGCUUAAGCUGCAGCUGCUAAUACUGCUGCUACUGCAAAAGAGGAAAAAAAGGAAGAAGCUCCUAAAGAAGCACCAAAAGAGGCUACUGUAAUAUCUAAUAAAAAUAAUCUAGAAAUCUAAUUAUGAUGUUGUUCUUGAUUCAAUAGAUGCUGCUUAAAAGAUCAAAAUUAUUAAAGAUGUUAGAGCAAUUUUCAAUUUGGGUUUAAAGGAAGCUAAAGAUAUGGUUGAAAAGUUACCUGCCACUUUAAGUAAAUAAAUGAAGAAAGCUGAUGCAGAAGAAUUGAAGAAAAAAUUGGAAGCUAUUGGUUGCACAAUUAAGUUAGUAUGAGAGU